ACUGUGGCAACAACAUGUAGGAUUGCGGUAUCCAGAUAAUACGAUAGCAAAUUAGGCCUUUAUUACCAGUAGCUUGGAUUUCCGAAAAUACCCCGGACAAGUCAGGGCGUGACUCGUCAACUGCUUUCGGCCCAAAACACUUCCCUGCUCUCUCGGUCUCUCCCAGAGUCCCAGCUCCCUCACUCUACUCUGGACGCGACUCGAACUUAAACCCUAGAGCCGCAGCCCCGGUCGCUCCACCGACCCCAAAUCUCAAAUCAGCGGGAGGGAACUCGCACGCGAAGGCUGAACUCAUGGCUCGCGUCUACGUUGGGAACCUGGAUCCGCGUGUCACGGCGCGGGAGAUCGAGGACGAGUUCCGGAUGUUUGGGGUUCUGAGGAGUGUAUGGGUUGCUAGGAAACCACCAGGGUUUGCCUUCAUUGACUUUGAUGACCGCAGGGAUGCACAAGAUGCCAUUCGUGAAUUGGAUGGUAAGAAUGGUUGGAGGGUUGAGCUGUCAACUAAAGUUGGUGGUGGCCGUGGCCGAGACCGUAACGGUUCUGAUAUGAAGUGCUAUGAGUGUGGUGAAGCUGGCCACUUUGCACGUGAAUGCCGCUUACGGAUUGGUUCAGGAGGCUUGGGUAGUGGAAGGCGUCGCAGCCGAAGUCCUAGAUAUCGCAGCCGCAGCCGCAGCCGCAGCCCAAGAUAUCGAAGGAGCCCAAGCUAUAGCAGAAGCCCGCGAGAUCGUUCUCCUAGGAGGCGAAGUUACAGCAGGUCGCCACUGGGAUCUCCUGCACGGAGUCUCAGCAGGUCACCGCCGCUGCCGCCGCCUCCUCCCAGAAAUAACAGCAGGUCACCACCUGGAGCCCGAGAAGUGAGCAGGUCGCCGCCGCCACCUCCUCCCAGAAAUAACAGCAGGUCACCACCGGCAGCCCGAGACGUGAGCAGGUCACCACCGGCAGCCCGAGACGUGAGCAGGUCGCCACCACCACCUCCUGAUGCCAGAAGAAGCUAUAGUGGAUCCCCAGGACAGCAGCCACAACGCGACGAGUCCCCAUAUGCCAAUGACGCCUGAGAUUCUCUUAGCUGCCCCAAGAUGCUGGAAAAUGCUAGGGGCCCCCAGCAUGUUUUGCCUGUCCGGUCGGCACAACUGUAAUUCUGUAGGAUCGAGUCUGAGAUUUUGUUCCAGUGUUUUGGGUUUCCCUUGACACAUCGCUGCUGAUACAAUUGUGGAGGCAGGAGCACAACGUUUCUGUUUUAAGUAUUGACUGGAUGACUUUGGGCGCUUGUAGUUGUCAAGGCAGGACCUGAUUUGUGUUAGGCUUGUAUUACUAGACUGCAUUCGAAUUUGGAGAAAGUGUUCAUCGUGCUGUAUGUUGAGAUA